AUGUCUUCAAGAAACAAAGAUGUCGACACCUUUGACGUAAUAAUCGUUGGCGGUGGAACAGCAGGUAGCGUCCUGGCAGCACGCCUCUCAUCUACCCCCACUCUUCGUAUUCUCGUACUCGAAGCAGGCCAAAAUCGCAACUCAGACCCCAAAGUCAGUACUCCAGGCCUUGCUGGUUCAAUAUUUGGAGACCAGAAUUAUGAUUGGGGAUUCCGGACUGUGUCAGAGCAGGGGUUGAAUGGUAGAGUGAUUUUGCAACCACGGGGCAAGUUAUGGGGUGGAAGUAGUGCAAUCAAUUCACAUGCAUUGGUGUAUCCGUCGAGCGCAUAUCAUAAUGCAUGGGGAAGUUUGGUAGGUGCUGGGAAAGGUUGGGAUUGGGAAGGGAUUGGGAAGUAUUAUACGAGGUUUCAAAAAUUGCAAGCACCUGGCGAGGAGGUUAAGCGAGAGUUGAAGAUUGGGGACUUUGCGAUGGAAGGUGGAAAUGUCCGUAGGCAUAACGAGAGCGAAAAUGAGGAGGGAAUUCAAGCCUCGUACCCUGUGACGUUACAUCCGAUGCAGAAAGCUUGGACAGAUGCGAUCCAAGAUCUGGGAUAUAGCUCGUCGAAGAACCCAGUCGAGGGAGAUGUUCUUGGAGGGUCUACGACGACGAAUGCUAUUGAUUCCUGCAAAGGCGAAAGGAGCCAUGCUGGGGUCGCAUUUCUGGAGCCGUCCACAAAACGAGAUAAUCUUGUUGUCAGAAGUAAUGUACUGGUGAACAAGAUUAUCUUUGACGAGGAGAAAAGGGACGGUAAGGCUGUUGCAAAAGGUGUUCUUUACAGCCAUGAAAAUGGGGAAAUUGUGAUUGCUCAUGCGAAUCGAGAAGUCGUGGUAUGUGCUGGGACAUUUGGAUCACCAAAGUUACUGGAGCUAUCCGGAAUUGGACAACGUGAAAGACUUGCUACUGCGGGUAUCGAAUGUCUUCGUGAACUUGCGGGUGUCGGCGAAAACCUCCAAGACCAUCUGAACUUUGGGCCUUCCGUUGAAGUGCUAGAUAAUAUCGAAACAGCAGAUGUCUCUGCCCAUGAUCCCACAAUAAUGGAAGCCGCCAAAAAACUGUACGAAGCUAAGCACAUAGGUCGGCUAGCAGAAGGUGCCGCGUAUAGUUUCUCUUAUCUGCCACUAAAAGCCUUCAACUCAGAAGAAGAAGAACGCGAAUUGACAACUCUCGUUAACAAGAUCCUCCUGGAUACCUCAUCAACAGUCAGCAAAGGACUAAAAGCCCAGUACGAUAUCAUCAAGCGCAUUAUAUUCGACCCAGAAGAAGCAUCCUCAACAGUCUUCAUGACGCGGAAACAACGAUACACCACGAGUACUGCACCUGCACCAGGGAACUAUAUGACCAUAUUAGCUAUGCUUUCCCACCCCUUCUCUCGUGGAAGCUCUCAUAUAACAACUGCCGACCCUGGCGAGUAUCCUGAAAUCAAAAUCAACUACCUCGAACAUCCCCUAGACACGGAAAUUCUAUCUCGCCACAUAAUCCAAAUCGGCCAAAUGCUGGAACAGCCUAAGCUAUCUGCGCUUCUCAAGCCAGGUGGCAACACUUUGCCGAGUGGAUUUCCUCGUCAUGCCAAGAGCGUAGAGGAAGUGACAAGCUUCAUUCGCCAAUACGGAGCCACAAAUUACCAUCCUGUAGGAACAUGUGCUAUGAUGGAUGAGGAUUUGGAUGGGGUUGUUGACGAGAACUUGGUUGUGUAUGGAACGGCGAAUGUGAGAGUUUGUGAUGCGAGUGUUAUCCCAAUUGAACCUCGUGGAAAUGUCUUGAGUACUGUUUAUGCGGUAGCAGAGAAGGGGGCGGAUAUUUUGAAGAGAGAUCUGGGGGUUUGA